ACUUCCCCUUUUACCACCUUUAAAGCCAUUCUGUGAUUUUCUGAGCUCGAGUGCGGCUCGAGUGCGUUAGAUAUCGGAGCACAGCCGAGCCAGAAGGCAUUUCUCUGAUCUAACACAGUUAACUCUAAAGAGGUGGAGAAGUGCACCGACAGUUCAGCCUUACCUUACGCUGCUUAUGGAUAUUAAACACUAUAUAAUCAGCAGAUAUUGAGUCUGUACUGCAUAUACUGCACACACUGCAGAGAAAAGGGCUACUCAAAUGGUUCUUUAACAGUUCUUUCUUUCUAGAUGACUCACUGGAGAACCGCCCUCCAGUGGGGUGUUCCAGACUCCCACCCAGAGGAGAAGACUUUUCUCAGGACUUUAUGAAUUCAUGGUUUAACCACUGUGUUUGCUCCACAAUGCUGAGGUGGACCUGCAGAACUUCACCAAUAUCACACCAUUUUCAGCCAAUUUUGCAGACAAGUGAGGUGAAAAGGUCAGAGGUCAUGAGUGACUUCAUUGGAGAUUGGAGACAUUGAUGCUUAAACCCUCGAAAGUGGAAGUCUUAAAAUGGGGACAUUGUUUCACGCUUUGUGUCUCAUACAGCACUGAUUGCCCCCAGGACAUCUAUUUCCUGAAACUGUGACUUUCUAAUCUUUUGGCUACCUCUCAACCGUGGCCAUUUUUACUCUUUUUUAAGAGCUAAUCUUUCUUUUUUUUUGCUCUCAAUCGAAAGUAAAUUCAGCCCUUACUCAGAAGAAAAUGGCCACCAGAAAAUUCUGCCUCUCUAAAGCCACCUCUCCUGCCCUCUUAUUCAUUUCUCUUGCCCUUUUUUUUGUCCUCCAACCAACAUUAGUGAGGGGUGACUGCUGGCUUAUUGAGGGUGAUAAAGGAUAUGUGUGGUUGGCGAUCUGCAGCCAGAACCAGCCACCGUAUGAAACAAUCCCUCAGCACAUUAACAACACUGUGCAUGACCUCCGUCUGAACGAGAACAAGCUGAAGGCCAUAUUUUUUAGCUCCAUGAGUCGUUUCACAAACCUCACCGAUCUCAACCUCACCAAGAACGAGAUAUCAUACAUAGAGGAUGGUGCCUUUGCUGGACAAGCGAACCUUCAAGUGCUGCAACUGGGCUACAACAAGCUAACAAAUCUUACAGAGGGGAUGCUGAGAGGCCUGGGAAGAAUGCAUAGCUUGUUUUUGCAGCACAACCUGAUCGAAGUGAUUGCCACCAAUGCUUUCUGGGAGAGUCCCAGUCUGAGCAGCCUGGACCUGUCCUCCAACAAGCUGGCCAAGUUGGACCACACCACCUUUACAGUUCUUGGACGUCUAAUGGUGUGUGAACUGGCAGGGAAUCCUUUUCACUGUGGCUGUGAGCUGUACAACUUCCUAAACUGGCUGGACAUGUUUAAUAACGUCACACACACCUACGACAGGCUGCAAUGCGAAACCCCAAAGGAACUUUCUGGAUAUCCUUUACUAAGUCCAGCAGCCAGCCACAUCCGCAAUGCCCAUUCUAUCUUAACAUCCAUUUGCAAAGAUGGAGUCAUUAUUCCUGGGAUGACCUCCCUGCCUCCAGAUUUGGAAUCUUCUGGAAUAGGUUCGGAUAUCCACAACCAAAUGGGACGAUAUGAUCAACCCACGACUUCGUCAACUGCGAUUCCAUUGUACAGUCCAAGCAUCAAGCUGCAUUCUGUUUCCCUGUCAUCAGCCUCAUUACUAGUUCAGAUCCCUCGACCUUAUAGCAAGAUGUAUAUCCUAGUGCAGUACAAUCACAGCUAUGUGUCCGAUAUUAUGAACCUAAAGAAAAAGAAAGAGAUCGUCACACUUAACACACUGAAACCCCACACAAAUUACACCUUCUGUGUCGCCUCGAUUCGUAACUCACAGCGCUACAACCACACUUGUUUGGAAUUUCCCACAAGAUCUCCAGGACCCGAUGACCUGCGCGUUGGGCCGUCGACCACCACCCACUACAUAAUGACCAUUCUGGGCUGUCUGUUUGGCAUGGUCAUCGUGUUGGGUUUGGUGUACUACUGCCUACGCAGGAGACGGAUUCAGGAGGAGAAAGAGAACUCUAUAAGUGUCAAAAAAACUAUCUUAGAAAUGCGUUACGGUCCUGAGGCAGCAGCUGCCGCAGCCAAAGAUCCCUCAGUUUUGCAAAAGCUUCAGGAACAAGUUCACCAUCAGCACUACCACAGCAAGUUGUCCCAGUCCACUUCCUCUAGCAUGGGAAUGCUCCACAGUUCUGCCAACACCAGUUCCUCUCGGCUCUCGACACUUCCCCAGGCAGACAAGUUGGCCACUGCUUUCUCAGAGUCGAUGACCAGCAGUAAGGGAAACUACAUGGAUGUAAGAGGAGAGGAACGACUCAAGGAUGGAGCUAUGCCGGUUUUGGAGGAUAAGUUAAGGAGGGAAGUUAAUGGAAUAGAUGCAGAGGAAGACUCGGAUGAUGGUGGUCACGGAUCAACAUCUGAGAUCUCCACUAUUGCAAAGGAGGUGGACAAAGUAAACCAGAUCAUUAACAACUGCAUAGAUGCUCUUAAGCUGGAUUCUGGAGUUGCAGCCACUGUAGCUGAGAACUCCUCUUCUCCACCUCUGCAGUGUAGCACCUCCUCCUCCAGAGGACUCAUCCCACUUUCUCCAACCACAAAAGACACAUGCCCAAUCAUGUCUUCUCCAAAAAUCCCCCAUUUACCCCCGGUGCCUCUAGUCAUGCCUCUGUCUGAGAGGCCGGGAAUCAGUGGAGGUGGUUUUCUAUCCCCUCCCUACAGGGACCCACCUCCUGUUACAGCAGCGCGACCUCUACAACGGCAACUGAGUGCCGAUGCAGCUGUUGUUGCACUCAAUGUAAAGAAUCACUGUGCUGUCCCCUCUGGAGCACCCAGUAAGAAUGCCCGGGUCUUUAGCCUAGAUGUUCCUGAGCCUCGAAGUCCAGAUUCCUGCAAGUUUGCAGAAAAAGGCAGUCCUGUUCGGUGCGGGGAGCCCCUCGAUAGGCUUCCUCUGGUGGGUGUUCAAGGGGGCAAUACCAGCAGGGGAGAAGGUGGCAACGGGGGAGGAGGGGGAGCCGGUGGUGGCAGUGGUGGUUCGGGUGGAUGUGGUGGUGUAGUUCCAGCUCAGCAGCACCUCCUGGAGGUGCACCCAGACUACCACUGCUCAGAGCACCGACACUCCUUCCCCGCUCUCUACUACGAGGGUGCCGCCAACUCUCCUGCCCAGAAAGCUUCUUUCCUAAAGCCCCUCUCUCGCACCAAGAGGGAUACUGCCUAUUCCCAGCUCUCGCCGAGGCACCACAACUAUUCGGGAUACUCGUCCAGCCCGGAGUACUCAUCUGAGACCACUCUGAAGAUCUGGGAGCGUUUUCGUCCUUAUAAGAAGAGCCCUCGUCAGGAUGCCUACGUAGCAGCCGGGCAUGCACUUCGGAAGAAAGUGCAGUUUGCCAAAGACGAGGAUUUGCAUGACAUUCUUGACUUUUGGAAAGGAGUGUCUGCCCAGCAGAAACUGUGAGUCGACAGAGAGGCACUAUGGCACACGGCUGCAGAGAAGAGAGAAGUGGGUCUUGAGAAAGCUAAGUACUUUGGUCUUCAAGUGCAUCCACAGAAACAAGUGUUUGAAUGAAGUCUGGAUUGCACACAGUAUCACAAACAUGUCGGAAAAGAAUAGAUCAUUAACUGAUCAGAAUUGCACAGGAAACUGGCUAGUAGAGUAGGAGGAGUGUUCAGAACGACCAAAUUUCAGCGCUGAAACGUUUUUUUAUUGGCAAUCAUUCCUAUUUGAUUUGAAAAGAAAAACAUACUCAAGUAAGUGAAUAGUGGUAUUUGUGCUAAGUCAAGGGACAACAAUAAGGCAUGGUUAUUUUCUUAAUUGUUCUCAGCUUUAAUUGAAAAGAUAAACAGUAGGUUUGAAUUGAGCACAGGGCACAUUCUGAAAACCCCGCUCCAUCUGUUCAUGCAGUCGAUUCGGUCUAAGCAUGCUCAUUGAUUUGUAACAUCUACACAUGUUUCUUCCAGUGCAUUGGGUUGACUUUUCAUUGCACAGGCAGAGAAUUGCUUAUACUUUACAUUCAGGAAGCAUAACAGCUCAUAUUGAAGCUGUUAUUUAUUUAUUUAUUUAUUUAUCCUCUCUUGUAGCACAGCCAGGUCUAAUUUAUUACUUUCCCGAUUUUGCCUGGGAGAUUUUCUGUUAAUUUGUGAUUCCGGAACAAAUGCUACCAAAAUGUAAGAGGACCGUAGGGGAUUUGAGUGAACAAAAAUUAAAUUAAAAAAGGAUCCGGGGUGUGACAGCGCUCUGUCAGAAGAGGCAUGAGCUUUAGAAACAGCAGCCUUCGAUUUGUACAGUUGUACAUCGUAACACUGAUACUUAUGCUAAUGCAAGUGCUAUGUUUUUGUCAUUACUCGGACAUGUGUGUUAUUUCCAGUUAGUUCUUUGAUGAACGAUGCAUAAGAUGGAUGCUUAUCUACUGUAGUCUUACUCUUAAAAUUGGAAGGAAACACUAGUGGUGAAUAUUGUUUAACUUGAUUGUCCAGGUGCAGUAAAUCCAAGAGAUUUUACAUUAUCUAAAGCUUUUAUACGAAAUAUUAUGAUAAGAUCAGAGACCCGGCAUGAUUCAUAAAUUUUUCUUCUCUUCCUGCGUUCCUUUUAAACCUAUAGCGACCGACACUAGCUCUACUCGGAAUUGAGGUUUUUUUAAUAAGGCACUGUUAUAGCGGAAUACUGGGAGCACCUUAUCUGGCAUAAUCGGGUAAACAAACAACCCUUUUGGAAGGUGAGGAGAUCCAGGUGUUCCAGACGUUAUUUUGUGAAAGUGCUGAUAUAAACACUGCCACACUCGACAUGUCAUUACAAUUAAUUGUGCAUGGUCCAGUGAGGUCAAUAUCCAUAAUGCACCCCUAGAGUCUUCAACUGAUACCUAGAUGACACUAAUAUCAGGAGACCAGGAGACGGUAAUGAAUUGGAUAAGUGAAUAAAUCAGAGCAGAUUUGAACUCUGUGGCCGGUGAAAUGACCCAGCAGCCCCCCCAGCACAUUAACUCAGUUUGCUAACGCAGGAAUUAGUAUUGCUAGCUAGCUUGCAUUUGCUUAGUUGUGCUGCUAAAAAACAUGAGCUCACUGUGUGGAAUCAGGUUUCAGCCUGGUUGAUUAGCGUAUAUUGAUUCUUUUGACAAGUGUGUUCAGGGUUUCUGGCAUUUAGGACAGACUCAAAAUACAUUAAGGCAUAAAAAAACAAAAUAAUUUACUCCAAAAACAAUCAACAUCACAGAUGCAAACAGAUCAAUACGAUGUAAUUGAGAAUUGACACAGCCAGAACGAAAAGCGGCAGAAUUCCCCCGAGCUCCGUUUCGAAACCAAAUUCAUAUCAAAGAUUCGAAGGGAUGGAGUAGAUUUAGGAGUCAUUUUUACCUUAAACAAGUUUCUGUAAUUGGAUAUAAGACCUGAGUGGAGUUACAUCGCCCCUGAGAGCGCUCACAUUAGACUUAAUAAGAUUUAAUCUUAGCAUUAAUGCACGUGCUUAGCAGGAGGCUAACGCUCGCUGUUUGAGAUUAAAGGACUAUGUUCAUGUUCCUCUUAAAGCUAAAUACAUAAAAAGUGCCAGUAUGAGUAACUUCGCUACUGUGCACUUUUACACGAUUAUAGUGUAGUACACCAGCGAAUCACAUGUCAGACUAUUACCCAGAAUGCACUUGAGGAAAUGAGGCCACAGAGGUAGAAAUUGCUCAGUAUUUUCAUAAGGACCUUGACACACCAACCCCACUGUCCAUCUGGGCAAAAGGAUGACAAAAGGAAAUUCGAGAGUCUCUCAUGCUUCAUCUGGGUGAAGGUUCAUAUCCCUCCGCACCAGGAGGGAUUGUGCUCUAUACUCAUAGUUUCAUAAACAGAACAAACCCAAUAGUACUGCACUGAGUAUAAUGACAUCUAGCAAACAUCUCAGUUUGCUAGCAAUCAUAACUAUCUGGACUGAUUAGCAUUUUCAUCCCUCUGAACACCACUGUGCCUAAAGCUUUGGUUUUAGUGGUUUUAGAGGCGGAGCUUAUAAUCACAAGUCUAAUAAUUCGAACACAUUUCCUACCCCAGACUCCAUCUUUCCAUAAUAGCAGGCGCCGGGUUCAUCCGUCUGCCAAUUUGAUCCAACUUCUUCAGAACUCCUGCAAAGAUAAAAAAUCUUUUUAGCACAAAAUGAUAUUAUUGAGCUUUUUUCUCCACACAUUCUCACAUCACUACAUCCUACACCAGUUUGAAUGCUAACGCGAGUUUACUAGCACCUUUCUAACACACAUUUAUAGACAGUGGUUUGGUGUGUCACGGUGCUUUGCUUGAAGUAGUCCGUUUCCACCCACGACUUUAAAGUGAGAAAGUGGUGCUGUGUCGGGUCAAAGCUAAACUAGACUAUCUCCUGAUCAGCCCAAAAAUCUGUGUGAUGGGGCAGGAUCCUGACAUGCCCUCGCAGCGCUACUGACAAGCUACCGGAUGCUAACUGUGACACAAAAUUAAAGAACAAUCUACUUCAUAUGAUGGGAACACACACACACACACACACACACACACACACACACAGUACACAGACUUGAUGCAGACACUUUUUGUACAAACCUCAUGUCUUAUAGAUGAUGUUUACAGAGACUUGUGAUCUUAAAGUGCUUCUUUGGAAUGAGGAUUUCAGAGAGGAUGUGGAGAGAAGGAGGAGGAGGAGGAGGAGGAGGAGGAGGAGUACCAAACACUGACUAAACUCAAACUGUUUAUUUAUUGAUUUUUAUUUAUUUAUUUAUUUAUUUGUUUAUUUAUAUUGAAUUAUUUACCCGUUCAAUUAAUUGCGUGAUUAACUCUGCAUUUGUUUCUCUUCUUAGCCUAACGGUCUGUUUGUAAACACAAUGUCUGUAUUUUUCCCUAUAAUGCCCUCCUGAUGACAGAUAAACACGAAUCAUAAUGAAAUAUUCAGAAUUAUCGUAUUAAAAUGUUCGUGCAAAAACAUCUGAUGCAGCUGUGGAUUUCAUAUCAGCGACACCAACGUGGCCUAAAUCAUGAAGCGGAAGUAGAACAAGCAGCACCUUCUUACAUUUGGUGUGUGUAUGUGUAUGUAUGUGUGAGAGUGCAGGUGUGUGUGUGUGUGCUUAGAUGAGAUCUGGAAGCAUGUGUAGAGAUGGAAAGUUCUUCAGCUUGUGUAGUAUUGAGCAUAAAAAACAAAAACAAAGGCUGAACCAUAAAUAUAAUUCAGGGGUUAAUAAGUACAGGUAGUUUAGGGCCUGCCCACUGUGUGUGACCCCACACACACACACCCCUAAGGGGCAAGCUGCCCAACACUCUGUAUUAGUGCAUUAUUAAUGAUGUAUAGCUCAUACCCACAGUGAGAAAGUAAAUAACUUCAUUUUAUCAUUUGAUUUUAAAGUGUUUAUACUGCAAUGGCUUCAGCACUUCCAUUAGCAUAUUCAACUAUACUACAAAUGCAUACUACCCACAAUGCACUGCUGCAUACAGUCUAUAAACUACAAUCACGACAUCAUCUUUAGGUUUUGCAUUGCUGUUUCCUGACUUUACACACUUUAUCUGGUGUUGUAUCCUGGUGUAUAGAUUACCCACAAUGCUGCAGUAAACUGGGGAGAUUGGAGCUCAGUGGUUAAGAAUCUGAUAAGAACGUCAGGGGUUUGAACUCUCUGUCCAUAUAUGUAGAUAUACAGUAUGUGUGAAGAAGAAUUUCAGUGUAAAACCUCUCGGGAUUUUCUUGUUUUAAUGUUUAAUGUUUAAUGCUUAAAAUCAGCGUUGUUUCCUCUGGAAGCUUCUACAGUAAGGUACGACCUUCACGCUGUGUUAAUCCAAAUAUAACACCUUUCUGAGUGUGAAAGAAUGAGAAACAGGAUCAAAUCGUGAGAUCUAUACCCGAUCAUGAGGGAUAUGGGAAAUGGGAGCUCAGUGGUUAAGGCUCUGGUUAGCUGAUCGAAAGGUCGGGGGGUCGAGCCCCAGUAUCGCCAAUCUGCCACUCUUGGGCCCAUAAGCGAGGCCCUUAACCCUUUAUGCUCCAAAGGCACUGUAUCCUGCACUCUGACCCCAGCUUCAAAACAUCACUAAGAUGAAAGAAUUCCACUGUGCAGUAAAGUAAAAAAUCCCCCUUUAUCAUGUAAAGGUUUGGAGAUCUACAGACUUACCCAGAAUUCAUUGCUGUAUGAUUUAAAGCUUUCCUCUUUCCAUUUUAAAGGAAUAAUGACAGCAAGUCAUACUGAGAGAAAACAACAUUAUCAGAAAUGUCUUCCAAAAUUCCCCAGAUUUAGUGUUUUUCACAUCAAUAAAACAUAAAAAACCCCAUUGACAAAAGACGAGUGUAUUGAUCUCCUGCUCAUGGCUGGAUCAGGAAGCUUUCUCAGGGUUGUGAAGCUCAUGAGAUUACAUACACUAACACCAGACGUGUGAACACAAGCACAUCUCGAGUGAAAGAGACGACUCUGUGUGUGUCUAUAAAGAAACUUAGAGGACAUUUAAUAAGGAGAGUAAACCAGCAGAGCUCCCAGCAGUCCUCUCUGCACAGAGACUCUCGCUUCACCCAGUAUGGUGUCAUAGUGACAGAAUCAGCGGAGGAUAAACUGCUCAGUGACCUGCAGUGUGACUCAAUGUGGACGUGCCAAUGCAUCGUUUCCAAAUAGUAAUGCUGCUACACUUUCAGAUCUUACACUGACACACAUUCUAGAAAAAGUGAACACAAGUUGUUCCUCAAGGUUGUGCUUCAGGCUUGUUUUUAUCCUCUCAUUACAGACAUGUAGUGCUGAAGGACUCUAUUCAGGAAGCUGUAGUUAAGGAUGGCUUAGCAAUAUAUAAUAAAAUAAGUUCCUUAUAAAGGUCUGGGACUGGGACUGACACCACUGACACCAUCGACAUUAUAAAGUGACACCACUGACUAACACCACUGUCUCAUAUCACCAAGUAAAACCAUCUAAAACCACAGACUGACCAUAAAUGCCACCUCAUUGUGAACCUUCAGCUCGUGAUGAGUUUAUGGUUAUAAGACAGUCUGGUUGUGGUUCACACUUGUGCUUCAUGUUCACAGUAGUAAGUUAAUCACUACUAAUCAUCUUUUUGUACUUGUGGAAAUAUUCUAAAAAGUGAGGUCAGUUUUCAGAGCAGACAGAGUAAAUAUAAUGAAAACGCCCUGCCUUCUGUCUGGGGUAAUCUCAGCCUGCAGCUAGCUUGGAGUCUGAUAAGCUCUUUAAGCUAAAUGAUGUGUGAUUGGAUAAAUCUCAGCCGAGGAUCUGAUACAGAACCCACACUGUUAAAAAAGCUGAACUACGAGUCAGUAUUUUUGAACUUUCAUUUUGGUCCACAUGCAGAUUAAAUCAUGUGCCUAUGAAUCAUUGAAAAUUCUCUAUUCACUUUUAGCUCCAUAGUUCACCAUCUGGCAGGAAGCAGGAGCAAUGCAUUGUGGGAUAUGAGGAAUAUGUCAGAGAUUUCCAGAUUUUCAGCACCACGGACAGCGUGUAGGUUCAGACGUGUGUGGUGCUUUUGUUCCUGCACAGAGCUACUGUCAGAUCCUGGCCUAUUUAGAAGCUUUAGUGUC